AGAGGGUGAGAGAGAGAGAGAGAGAGAAGGAGAGAGCCGCGCCAGCGCAGAGAGGCACGGAGACGAAGCAGAGAGCGCAAAGGCUUCGAUAUCUGGGGGGGAAAUUAAAACAACUUGCAUUUUUGAAAAAAAAAAAACAACAAAGCCAAAAAACAAACAAAAUCGGGACAUAGCGGUGGGAAAAUUUGACCGAUCUUUCGCUUUUUUCCCCUGCACGGACAUAAAAUGAAAGGGUUACCUGGCUGCAUGUUGGAUUUUAAAUCUUAUAUUACACCGCUGCGGCGUUGACUUCAGAGUUGCGCAGGCAGAGUCUGUAUGAGUUGUCUGUUGGAGGAAUUUUAGACACUCCGGAUCAAACUUGAGUUGGACAUCCAGGAACCAGUCAGGGAGUAAGCUAAACCACCUACCCACUGCUCUCACUGCAUGCAGGACACUUAAACACCACUACAACCAUGGAUGAGGAACAAUGCUACUAUAAUGAGAGCAUCACCUUUUUCUACAACCGCAGCGACAAGCCUCUUGCUAACGACUGGGACACCUACAGCCGGUUGGUGAUGGGCCUUGGCAUCACUGUGUGCAUUUUCAUCAUGCUCGCCAACCUUCUGGUAAUGAUCGCCAUCUACGUCAACAGGAGAUUCCACUUCCCCAUUUACUACCUGAUGGCCAACCUGGCAGCUGCUGACUUCUUUGCUGGAUUGGCGUACUUCUACUUGAUGUUCAACACGGGACCAAACACAAAGCGUCUGACUGUUUCGACAUGGCUGCUGCGUCAGGGCUUGAUUGACACCAGCCUUACUGCAUCUGUAGCCAACCUGCUUGCCAUCGCCAUUGAACGCCACAUCACCGUGUUCCGCAUGCAGUUACACACACGCAUGAGCAACCGGCGCGUGGUGGUUGUGAUUGUCAUUAUCUGGACUAUGUCCAUAGUCAUGGGGGCGAUACCCAGCGUAGGUUGGAACUGUAUCUGUAGCAUUAAGUCUUGCUCCAACAUGGCACCUCUCUACAGCAACUCUUACUUGGUCUUCUGGGCAGUGUUUAAUCUUGUGACUUUUGUUGUCAUGGUGACACUAUAUGCCCACAUCUUUGUGUAUGUGAGGCAGAGAACCAUGAGGAUGUCACGGCACAGCUCUGGACCACGACGCAACCGAGAUACCAUGAUGUCUCUUCUGAAGACUGUGGUCAUUGUGUUGGGUGCGUUCAUCAUUUGCUGGACCCCUGGUUUGGUCAUCCUCCUCCUUGAUGUUUUCUGCGCUAGCUGCAAUGUCUUGACCUACGAAAAGUUCUUCCUGCUACUCGCCGAGUUCAACUCUGCCAUGAAUCCCAUCAUCUACUCCUACCGUGACAAGGAGAUGAGCGCAACCUUCAGGCAGAUCUUGUGCUGCCAGAGGCAGGAGAAUGUGAAUGGGACGGCAGCAGAGGGAUCCGACCGAUCUGCAUCUUCCAUCAAUCACACGGUGCUGACUGGCAGCACCAUGCACCACCAUCACCACCACAAUGAACAUUCGGUGGUAUAAAAAAAAAAAGAAAGAAAAAAAGCCCAGUGUCUUGGAUAUGAAUCCAUCUUGAAGGGAUUAUUCUCUACAGGAGCUACAGACUGAGAGAAGGUAAAUGAGUGUAUGUGAAGAAGAAUAUGGCAACUAGAAUGAAAGCUGAAAAGACUCAAGCUUUCUGAAGACAGAGCUGAAGAGAACUCUGAUAGGCUGUUAUUAUUUUGUUUGUUAAUUUCCAUUUGUGUUAAAUGUGUUGUCACAGGUAAAGAUGAUAUGAACUAUUUAAAAUCUGUGAAGUAGAGUAUUGUCAGUAUAGUCCAUCCUCUUUAUCCAAUCUUCCUAACUUUAUGCCUGGUAGGUUUGUACUAUUACUCGUCUAGAGCCCCAUCAUUAUGAAAAGUAUCAAACUUAACACCCUACAUUUAUGUUAUUGUUGGUUGCUGACUCACCUGAUCCCAGAUUUACAACAUAGUGUUUUUGAUUUUCAUCUCCAUUUGUCGGGCAGAAGCUUUAACUUUAAAUGGAUGUGGUGUAGGCUCAAAGCAGGAUAUUGUUACCAAUGUUAUAUAUAUUUCAAAAGAUGUCAUCCAAAAUGAAAUCCUGCCUAUAUUCACUUGUUUUCCAUGUUUUGCAAUCUACCAAAACCCUGUGACACUGUUUCAUCCAUGAAUUCAACACAGUAUUUUAAUAACCUCAAACAUUAUCAUUUUCUGCUGUAGAGUUGUCAUCUAUUGUUUAGCAACAAGUAAGUUACAAAGUACAACCAGGUUUGUUUGUUUUUUUUUCAUUCUAUUCUACCUAUCCUCUUUUAUGAACACGCUCUUGUGAAUCCAUUAAAUCAGGUUUUUGCUUCCAUUCAGUUUAAAUAAAGUAAGGAUCCAAUGUUUGCUACAAAUCCUGGAUUGUUUACUCCCUCUAAGGAUUUAAAGGCAGGCUGUUCCAGGGAAAAGAGUAAGAGGAGGACAGUUAUGUGAAGGCAGGAUGAGAGUCAUGUUUGGUGCACUUUCAGAGUCUCGGGAGGGAAAAGGGGGAAUUGUGGAAGUGAAUGUGAAAGUAUCACCUGAGUUAGUACCAGAUUGCUUUGUGGUACCUUGAGAAUGGGUUAUUUAACAGAACAACUUAAAAUUAAAAAAGAAAAUCAAACCUUUUGACUCAAAACCCUUCUCCCACUCUAUUUUUACCAAUUUUCAUGAACUAACGAUGAUACGUGAGCAUUUACCUACCUCACUUCUGGUGUAGCCAUGCUAGCCACUGUGUCAGGCAGGGCUCUAGGCACAACAAUGCUAUGACUAUGCUGUUGGGAUGGCUAAUGACUCACAACAUAACCUUGAUUAGCAGCAAACUGUGCAGUUUGUUGUGUCAAAUUCUUCAAAGGUGUACACUUUUAAGGCAGUUUGUAAAUUGUCAGUGGUACACAGUGAAAGUUAGCCAAAAGCAGUGCUCUUCAGUUUAGUUUAGUUUUUGUGUUUUUCACCUCCAUUAGAAAAAACACAUUUUUUAAACAAAAAAUAAAGAAUUUGAAUUAAUUGUUUAGAGAAUUCUUGAACUAAAACCCCACAGACACAGAAAUGCAUUAAGCCUUAGCAAAUGUGCAGUUGUUUAACAAAAUCUCAAUGACCAGCAUAGAUGUUUACUUGCUGUAACACUGGUAUCAGUGAUAUGAAGUAAGCAGAUAUCCAACCAAAACAUGUUUUAUUUUGUGUCUCUGUCAGAGAGAUAGUUGACGCUUACAUUUAAAGUAUUAUUGGUAGCUUAUUUUGAUUUUUAUGACAGCAAUGACAAAUUAAAGUCUAUUCUUAUCUUCCCGCCUUAGGGUGCCUUUAUAACUGACUCACUUAUGAGUCAGUGCAGUUCGAAUGGUGUAAUAUUUCCACAAGUGCUCUCAUUAACUUGCAAUUUUGUGCCAGCUGAAAUCCAGCAUGGCAAUGCUAUGAUGCACAUUGUUAAAAAUUGCAAACUGAAUGUUUUAAAUCAAAACACAUUUUGGCCAAAAUACAUAGACAAACCUCCCAAAAACUGACAGCAAAGUGAGAAUCACUGCCAAAAGUACAGUCAAACGUUUUCCAGGAAACCAGAUGUUUUUCAGGAAUUUCAGCUGCAGAGCUAACAUUAAGUCACCAGGUAUCUUUGCCCAGAUGUUUGGCCUAUUAAUCAGGCAAUUUAUGUUGUGAUAUACAGACAAAAAAAAAUUUCACCAUCACUCUGCAACACUUGCAUACAUUUUUGAUGCAUGUGUGAGAUAAAGCACUGUGCCCUAGGGCACCUCAGUCAUCACUUUUAUUAGUCAUUUCCUUCCUGUGCCAGUGCUUUUUUUAAUCCCUAGCAGUACUUCUACUUGAGACAAAAUGAGAGAAAUAUUCUAAGGAACCAAUCCCCCAUAGCAAACGUGUUGCAUUAAAUUUGUCCAGCUUUCAUACUUUAAUGUCAUAAAAAUCUUGACCAGAUUUUGUCAAUAUAUGGCUCUGGACCCAACACUCCAUAUUUGAAAUUCACUGUAACAUUUCUUUUAAGUAUUAAUUUAGGUUAUUAUAUCAAACCAACUAAACAUUCAGUGUCUUUGUUUACUAGUGUGUCAGUCUUUGUGUGUACAAUAUGUAUAUAUAAAAUAUAUUAUGCAAAGUUAAUCACCAAAGGGAAACAUGUUUUGUGUCUGUAAAUUUCACUGUGUUAUACUCUGUCCAGAUGUACUGUAGGGUUGUUUGUAUGGUUUUUUUAAAUGCCAUUUGUAUUGUGAUCCUAAAUAAUGACUUUCCCAUAAACACUAUUACAGCAACAUUAACUUGUUUGUGAUGCAAAAUUCAAUAUCUAUGAGUGCAGUGCUUUUCAGUUCCUGUCCAUAAAAAGUCAAUUAACAGCAGAAAAGCAGUGAUUCGCCCUCUUCUGGUUGAAAGUUUUAAGCUUAGAACAUGUCCAAUCAUACCCAAAUGUGUUUAGCCGCAACCACACCCAUCAGUGCUGUCUGUAUGCACUUGUACAACACUGCAGUAGUGAGAAGAGUAAAAAAAAAAAGAGCGGUGUUAUGUUACUUUUCAAGCUUGCUAAUACACCAGUCCUGCAUAUGUUUCAGAAGGACAGAGUGUAGGAUUUAGUGGCAUCUAGAGGUCAAGUCAAAGCAUGCAGCUAACACAGCUUGUGGCUAACAACCUACCAAAUUAAAAGUUGUUAGCCAAUGUAGAAAUGCAAGUAUCAGUAUGGAUACAAUGCCUGCCCUCUUUUAUGCCAGUGUUUAGUUAUAUGUAUGGAGAGAGAGAGAGGGAGAGAGAGCUACAGAUGUCAACAACAGGCCUCCUGAAACUGCCCAGAAAAUGGUGUGAUGACUUUUAUCUCCUUAGAUUAUAACGUCAUGGCCAUUUUACCCUGAUUGCUUCUUAUUUUGUCUGAAUGAUGUGUGCUGUGUUUGCUGUGGCCUUCAACUGAUGCUGCUUGACACAAACACUGUGUAAUGCAGUUCAGAAACAUUCUGUAAUACCAAAAAAAACUGAUGUGUUUAAUAAAAAACAAAACAAAUAACAAAGCUGUAGAUCUGAACAUUUUGUUUUUCCAAAGUGAAACAUAACAUUAAAAUGAUGUUGAAGGUUUCCAGGCAAAGAAAAAAACAAAACAUGCACCACAUGUUUUAUAUUUUUAAGUAAUGGUGAAAAAAAUCUAUGUGAUUUCCAUAUUAUCUGUACUUCAGAGU